AUGAAUCAAAUUCGUCCUAAAACAAUAUCGGACAACGGGAAUAACGAAGCUACUAAAGCAGAGUCCGAAGAUCCAAACACUCAAUACAUCAACAACUUCUUCAUCAGGAAAGACAAAGCUAUUAAACGAAUUUUAGUUUGGAGUGGGACGCAGCGUAAAGAGGUACGGGCCUUUGGUAUUGGCCAGAAAGUUUUCAAGGAAAAAGGUUGUGCUUUUACUCAAUGCGAAAUCUCCCUCUAUCGUUGGGGAUACCCGAUUCAUUAUUACGAUGCUGUCGUUGUCGUCUUUAACGACGAAUUCAUAACGCAAGAGGAUUUGAUGAUGCCCGAAUUUUCAAACGGACGCAAUCAAAAUCAGCGGUUGAUUUUUUUCACUCAGGAAUCCCCUACUGCCUUGAGAUCUCAUUACAACAUGACCCUUUUUAACAACUACUUCAACUGGACGAUGACAUACUUGAAAAAGUCUGAUAUUCCUCUGCUCUACGGCCGAAUUAUCCCAAAAGCAUCGGCUCCUCGGACAUCGGAGGAAGUAGCUCAAUUGAGACACAAAGCUCGCCAACCUAUCCGGAAACGCGCAAAUUCAGUAGUACCCAGAAAGAAGAAGAGAAAAGUUGCAUGGAUGGUCUCGCACUGUUGGACGCAUAGCAUGCGAGAAUUGUACGUCAUGGAACUCAAAAAGUACAUCGACGUCGAUGUUUAUGGCCGAUGCGGCAACCUGACCUGCCCCAUUCACGCCUUGCACAGUUCGGAUCCACAAUGCUACACUAUGCUGCAAUCGAAUUACAAGUUCUACCUGGCAUUCGAGAAUGCGCUCUGCAAGGAUUACGUGACGGAAAAGUUUUUCAAAAUUAUGGCUCAUGAUAUUAUUCCCGUUGUGUAUGGUGGAGCCGAUUACAGCAAGUACGCCCCACCUUAUUCCUACAUCAACGCGGGGAAGUUAGAACCCAAGGAGUUGGCCGACUACCUUAACCUGCUCGAUGCCAAUGAUACGCUUUACAACGAAUAUUUCUGGUGGAAGGAUCAUUAUCGGGUGGAAUACAGCGUGGAUGAUAUGGCCCGUCACGGUUUUUGCGAUCUAUGUCAAAAGUUGCACGAAGAUUCAAGUUAUAAAUCCUAUCCGGAAAUGUCGACUGACUGGGGCGAAGAUAGCAAACGUUGCGCGUGA